AUGCUGAAAGUUAUUGCCAUAAGCUGUACGCUUCUAUCGUUGUUGACGAGAGCAGACCAAGCUGGUGGCGACGACGAAGGAGACGCCGCGAACACCAAUGCCGAGGCGGAGGAUGUGGUGACGGAGGACUCCGCAUCAAGCGGCAAGAGAUGGACAGUGACGGCUCCAGUGUCCUGCGACAGUGUCAUUCAGAAUACAGGGGCAGCGGUAUUUAAAUCUGCAGCACUUCUCAGCCUCAUUGCACUGGCGGGAGAAAUGGGGGUUGAUAUGGUGGAUGAGUAUGCACCCCAAGGCAAUCCUCGAUUCGAUGAUGCGUGGGAGACAAUCUUCACGCGGUCUUUUCAGAUUAUUGGAGUCUUGAGGAGGGUUGCCAUAGGAACUAUCGCUUGCCAACAUACAUCUUCGGCGAUCGCAGCAGGCCCCGAAUUUGGCUACUUACAGAAAACUGACCAGUACGAUUUCUACUAA